CAUGGAUGGAACUCCAAACUAUCUACGUCUACGCCAAGUGAUAAUCCCUCCUCGACCUCCUUGACGACGACGGCGGUUCGGGCGGAGUGUCACGGUGUACGUGCGUCGGUAGAGCACGAUUUUGCCCGGCGCAAGCCCGGCGACUCGCCCUCUCGAUGCCUCAGUUGCCAGAGUACGGGCACGGACUCACUCGAAGCUCAACCGAGGCAGGUGACGACCCCAUGCUGAAACCACUCCCUCCGUUCACGAGUCGAGCAAAAAUCCAUCGAGGCCGUCGACAUCCUGACCUUCGGCAAAAACAGUAGCACGAUCGCCCGUCGUAAUUCACACUUCUCGCUGAGCAUCCGAAAGACGUCCUGACAACCCGUCCUGACAACCCCCGUUCGCUCCGUUAGAGGAAAGGAAGGAGGGGCAUAAUUCUCCUGAAGGCCGUGGCCCGUGGCCCGACAAUCCCGCCCACUUCCACAUCAAUCCUGUUCAAUCCGUCAGGGAUGCGGACAAUUCUCGCGCUUCGCUUCGGUCAACGGUUUCUGUAUGUACUCUUUCGUCGCAUAUUGACUACGCAUCGCAGCUGUAUGUUACAAAUACUCUCCGCGCCCAUCAUCUUGAGCUCAAUCUCCCCUGGUCCCUCAGUGUGCCUAAGCACCUUCCAUACAGUGUUUCAGCUGACUUGGGACUCGUCUUGACGGAUAUAUAAGAGGUCACAAUGCGUCUUUUUCAUUCCCCAAACAACUUCAAGUUUCUUCUCUUUCAACCACUCACAUUCUUUAACAGGCUUGACGCCUUGCACAUUCUUUCUUUACCUAGCUUUCUAUUCGUUUAUCAUCCAACAUGCCUUCUUUCCUCGCAAACAAAGUCGCUCUCGCCACACUUGCCGGGCUCGCUGCACUCCCUUCGGCUUUGGCCCAUGGGCACGUGACUUCUUGGCAGAUCGGUGAUACUACUUACGCUGGUUUCAACCCCUCCAACUCGGCCGAGCUGGGCUCUACCCCCGAGCGAGCCACGACCAACUCUGACCAAGGCCCGGCUGACUACACCACGGAUGUGAUCGCCACGGGUGGCACGGCUACAUCGAGUGACCUUGUCGCGAAUGCUACGGCAGGAGAUACUGUCAUUGUCACAUGGAACACAUGGCCCGAGAGCCACAAGGGUUCUGUCACCCAGUGGAUGGCCCAUUGUCCCGAUGAUCUCUGUGCUGGCACAGCUGGCGCCGACAUGGAUUGGUUCAAGAUCUCCCAGAGCAGCUACGACGAGUCCUCGGACUCUUGGCCCACUGAUUACAUUGCCGAGAACUUGAUUUGGACCUUCACUCUCCCAACCAACUUGGCUGCUGGGCAGUACCUCCUCCGACAUGAGCUCUUGGCAAUGCACAGCACUGGUGCUCCUCAAUUCUAUCCUGUUGCCAUCGAGAUGCAGCUCGAAUCAUCCGGGUCCACCACCCCUUCUCCCACUGGCACCUUCCCCGAUAUGUACGACUCCGAUGACGACAUGGCUCUGACUCAGAACAUCUACGGUGGCUCCGCUCUCAACGCAGAGUUUGUGGUGCCCGGUGUCGCUGUCUAUGAUGGCAGCGACUCGACGGUAUCAAACUGGGAUUCCACUGGCCUCGAGAACAACUCUACCAGCUCCUCUUCCACCACCGCUUCUUCUGCCGUUUCUGCUACCACCUCUUCUGCCGAAGCCUCUGCCGCUACCUCGUCCGCUGAGGUCCUUGUCGCGACUUCCGAUGCCGAGUCUUCCAUCCAGUCAUCUGCCGUCGAAACCUCUGCCGUCGAGACCUCUGCUGUCGAAACCUCUGCCGCCGAAACCUCUGCCGUCGAAACCUCUGCUAUCGAAUCCUCUGCUGUCGAAUCCUCUGCUGUCGAGACCUCUGCUGUCGAGACCUCUGCCGUCGAGACCAGCGCUGCCGCAACUGCCACCAAUGCAGUUAGCGAGACUGCCACUUCCACCUCCGCUUCGGCCUCUGCCACGGGUAGCGGAUCGAGCGGUACCAACUUGCAGACUUACACUGGUGCUAUCGACGGUAUCUCGGCUCCGUCCGUGACUGCCGACGGCGACCAGUACACUUGCGAUGGAAACACUUUCAACAGCGAGUCUGACGCGCUCACCCGUUCUUGCGAGGUACAGAGGAACCAGUGCCUCGACUCUGCCAACAGCAAAGCCAACGACGAGGUCAGCUCUGCCAUGACUGCUUGCGAGACUCAGGCCACAGAAUGCGACUCUUCUAUUUCUUCUGCCCGUCGACGCGACAUGGUCAUCGGACGAUACGCCAGGCGAGCCUUCUAACCAUUGAGCGCCUUCCCCCCGCGCUCUGUUCCAUAGCUUCCUUGUCUUCUCUAUACUAUCUUGUCAGUAAACCCAAAAAAAAAUCCACCAUAUGGCGUUGACCGCCCUAUGCAUAACCUUUUGUAAACGUA